CGUUCACGAAACUUUUGAUCGUCACCUGCAUCGCCGUCCCCUCGUCUCCGAUCCAACGCGUCCCCAUAAGCGUUCCUGCAAUUACCGAGUCUCAAUGUCCCAGUCCUGACGCUUAUUAUUCGCUUUGCGCAGCUGGGACGCCCCGCCUUAAACCGCCUUGCCGUUAACUCUCCAGCGCCUCUCGACCUUAAACCGCCGACCCUUCCGUUCCGGUACUCAAUCGAAUUCCAGUCGCUCGUUACACACAAUGUAUCUCAAUAUGCGAAUACCACUCGAUCCGUCCAUCGGUUCCCAAAGUAGCUCUCCUGCGACGCUGCAACGCCGUGAAGAAAUCGACGGCAGAAAAAUUACCACAAUUGUCAUCCUCGCUGUACUGGUUCUCCUCAUAUUUAUCGCCUUUGUCGUCUUUUCCUUGCGCGCAUCUCGUCGCUCUACCCGCGGCAACAGCAACAAACCUCGCAGUGGCGGCGGCGGCGGCGGCGGCGGUUUUUUCAAGUCAAUAUUGAAAACCGGAGGCCGAAACAGAUACCGACAAGCUCAGGAUGAAGACUCCACCUCUACGGAGCGACUGACUGAUCGCCGUCGCUCCCGCCCAACUUCUGUCGCAUUCGAUGCCUCGGCCGAUCAGUCGCAGGCUGACUCCCGCUCCCCCAACAGCGCUGUCAACCGCAAUACCUCGAUUCGCUCGAUUAUGACUCUGCCUGCUUACCGACCUGAUCCGAACGAAACUGAGCAAGUCCUGGGUCGUGAAGGCGAACGCGGUGGCGUCGAUGUUGUUAUCGAAUAUCCCACGGAAGAAACAGAGGAGGAUCUGCGUGAUCAGGAGAUGGAGGCCCUUUAUCAGAUCCGCUUGGCCCGCCGCCAGGAGCUUGCCGAGCGAGAGGAGCGGAGAGUGGAGCGUCGGGAAGCCCGGGAACGUGGUGACUUCGUAGCUCUGGACAACAUCCGGUCCAGAGCUCGGGCUGCCAGCAAUAACAGCGUUGUCGCUGUCCUCCGCGAAGAACAUGAUCGCCUGAAGAAUGAACGUCAGAGAGCUGUUUCCAGUGUCUCCUAUGCCGACCUCGGUGUUGCUCGUCACGACGGCACACGACUUCGCGCCAACAGCAACGAAAGCGAGAGGAUGGGACUGCUUUCGGAUUCCGCCAGUAUUGCCGCCACCUCAAUCCGAUCCGGAGCCGAAUCAGCUAUGAAUCACAGGAGGGGAAGCUCUGUAAUGAGCAUCGAAAGCGAUCUUCCUUCGCCAGGAUUUACUUCAAGAUCGCGGGCGAAUUCGAGACCAGACACACCCCGCCUAGAUACCCGGGCAGGGUCCAGUCCGGAUGUCGAAGCUGACGUUGGAGACGCUGGCAUGCCCAUUUACUCUCCACCUGGAUACGACGAAGUCUCGCUUGAUGACGAGCGAUCCAGGAGUAAUACUCCCCAACCUGGCACCGAGCCCCCGCCGACGUACCCCGGCCCUGCCCAGCAACGGGCAGAGAGCAUUGCCUCAAACAUGGCCGAUAUGGCAGCGGAUGAGCAGACUGCGAACGGCUCUGCAGACUCACGCCGCAGCUCAAGAGUACCACGACUACCUAGCUUACGAUUGCAGCAAGUGCCGCAAAUCGUGAUAGAACCUUCCAGCGCCAGACCUCACGAUGAUAGGUGACGACGGCCUGGGCUGGGAUCGCGCGAACCAUAUUCAAUCUCAUGAUUACGG